CGACAAAAUAUAUAUAAAAAAUCAAACUUUGUAUAGUUCCAAAUCAAAGACAGCCUUUUACACAAAUUUGUUCUGUAUUCGGAAAGAGUAUAGGCAAUAUGAAUCUCACGUCGGGGCUUGCAAUGGCAGCUGCCUUAAUCUGUUUUGUGUUUUUGAUUCUCUCUCACGCAUCGAUUGCAAACGCAGCUCCGAUAAUGACCGGUAACCGCGGAAGCGACGAUAACGUUUGUAUGGAGCGUAUGAUGACGGAAGAAUUUUUAAUUGAUCUCAUGAAUCAAACACAGCCACAGCUGGUGGAGAUCAAUGAAAUCUGCGAGGGUUGCACGGUCUAUAAAGUAGAAAGGGAACUUCCUACGAUGGAUAAUUAUGAUAUGGUCAUCAAGGAUGGUGCUAUGGCUGAUGGCAAGGUUGCAACACAUGGUGAUCGUCCAUAUGAUGGAAAACCAGAAGAUUCCGUUGGCUGGGGCUCAGUUGCCGUCGUCGGUCGUUAGAAUUAUUCUGUUUGAAGUUGUCAUUAGUGGUUUACUUAUAAGUAUGUAAGAUAGCUAGCGUCCACGUAGUAGAUGCUGUAAAUCUUUCAUUGAAUGAAUUGAUUGUUGUAAAAAUGUAUUUCAUGAGCAUUCCUUCAAUGUAGCGGAUGAUGCCACUUAUUUUUAAGCGUACUUUUCAAUAGCAAAUAUGUACUGUAACAUGUUAAAUAAAUUAAAAUAAAAGAAAUGCCGUUUAUUUCCA